GACAUCGUACACGCACGGUUUGCACGGUGGUCUGCUACUUCUGCUGCCGCCGCCGCUGCUGCUCAUAUACUCGAUCGCGUCGAGGUGUCCGCGGCAGAAAUCGACAAAUCAGUGCUCGGUGCAGUGUAUUCCGCAUGUGCCCGUGUGUUCACCGAAAUAUCGACUUAUUUUGGGACGCCGUGUAAGAGACAUAGAAAAAAGAAGAGAGGCGCUACAGAAUCGCGCUGGCUAUUAUCCAGCAGGCUAAAAGAAAGAAGGACAAUUGCGCGCAUUAACGACACAGUGAAUGAAACGAACGAGGGGAGAAGGUGAGAAUCAUCGAGCGUAAUACAGCGAUGACACUGCCCGCAAACUCCUCGAGACUGCAGCAGCUGCAGGCUCGCUUUCAGCAGAAGCAGCUUCAGGAAAAAGAGCACAAACUGCUGCAAUUGUACGACCAGCAGCAACAGCGGGCUCAUCAAGUCGCUCAAAGAGGCAGUGCCGGCAGCAACGGAUCCAGCAAUGGAACGUCGGCCACCAAUUCCCUCAAUAAGCAGCGGAUGUUCGAGGACAAUAACCGACGUCAGGCGAACGCCAAAGGCAUCGACAAAAGCUACCCUCUGGAACCGCUGAGCAAUGGCUCGAAGAAGCAGAUGACAAACGGCAAGAGCGGCAGCAGCAAGAUCGCGAGCAGCAGCAGCAAUGGGACGAGCAGCUGCCGUCGCGGUACCCUCAACGGAACCAGCACCGUCAAUAAUAAGCGAACGACGACGACGAAAACAACAGGAAGCACGAACGGACGCAGCUCGGUCACUGUUCAACAGCAACGCGAGACUACGUCCUACAGCACGAGUCGAGCUAUUUAUCGCGAAUCCGUGAGCCAAGGCGAGAAGAAGCAAAACGGCACCGACGAGGAGCAGUCGUCCUGUAACAGACGCCAGAGCAACGGACACAACCACUACGAGAUAAACAUAGACGACGUGAUCGAUAACGAGGCGAUGCAGCGAAAUCGCAUGCUGGCCAAAUUCAAUCAGAGCGACAUAGAGAAGAGGCGUCGCAGGUACAGCGAGGAGCCCAAUCUGCUGGUCGAGGUGCGCGACGGAGACGCCAAAUCGAACGGCAGCAACGGCGACGUCGCCACCCCCACAGCUCCUUCCAAGGCCAACGGCAGACGGAAAAUACCUAGGCAAUCGAGCUUGAUGAAGACGACCAAGAGCUCGGCCUUGAAAAUGAAGAAACCGUUGCGGACGCGAUCGGUGGCUGCAGCGGAUUCGCCCCACGACUGCCAUCGUCGACAUCGACGUCGACGAGCCGACGAUAGCAUUGGCAAUGUCGCGGAGACGACGCGUAACCACUCGUGCUGCGAAGAGAAAAUCCGCUGCUCUCUGGACGGGGACUGGUGCGAGCUCAAGUCCACGAGCCUCAUUCACGAUAUUUUACGCAGACAAAGCUGCAAAUCAGCCGCCGACGAGGCCGAAGGCAAAGUGCGCACGAUCGUCGGGAAGAUCGAGUACGAGAGGUCCAGGUCGGUGUCGCCGAUUCCUCCGGAUCCGGUGGCGAGUGGCAGCGGCGCCAACAAGUCCGCUAGCGCGAGCGCCAUCCCCAGGCCCGUUGUAGCUGGCCGUCGAACCUCGUUCGAAAUGAAACGCCUCAUGUUCGAGCAGAUCCAGGCGGAGAUCAGCCGACGCGACUCGCUCGAAGCGGCUGCCGUGCGACUGCUCGAUCAGACACUGAGCUCGAGUCCGGUGGCUGUGCAAGAGGCACGGCCGAUCCAGCCCGAGGACCGAUCGACCGCUCGAAUCUGCGCCAACGACGAGCGCGAGAACGUCCGAGGCUUCGAGAAGUACACGAGCGCUUGGCUAUUCAAGAGCCGACGAGACGAAGCUGGCGGUCCUGCGGCCGUCGUGCAUCACAGGGCUCCGUCCAAAUCACCGCCGCCUCCUGCCCCGAGAAAGACAGGCUGCAACGGCGGAUCGUCGGCCCGGCGCAGUCUCAGCUGCAGCAAGAUUUUCGAGCCUCGAGACUCGAUCGAGCUGACGCGCGGCAGAUCGCCUCCGACCGCUUGUGCUCGGCUUCGUCAUCGACAUCGACGCUCGCCGUCGCCAUCGCCACCGAAUCAUUGCCACUGCGAUCCACCGAAGGAAGAUCCUACAGUGCCUAAACAGCAACAACAACAAAAACAGCAGCCGCAAAGCCAGAGUUCUCCGAGCGUAAAAAGCCGUGUCGCUGAACUUAAAGUUCUAUUCUCUGGAGAGGGUGUCCCUAAAUUGUCGAAUUUGCCUACGAUUAGCGUUUCCACGCCUACCACUGCUACCACCAAGAACGACGAGUCGCCCAGUUGGAGAAGCAAAACCAGAAGCACAACUAGUCCUGCGAAAUCCGUCGACGCUGCCGAUGAAGGACGAUUGUUAUCGCCGACUGCUGCAAGUGCCAGCAGAUCCAGCCUUGAUUCAGCAACGGAUGAAACAACGGAUGAGAAGCAGUCGCCGUCGGUGCAGCCAGCCCCGAGGACGUCCUCCCUGUCGUCGAACUCGAGCAUCGCCACGAACAAGAGUCAUGGCUCGGCGGCCAGUGCAAAAGCAGCUGCAGCUGCGGCAGCGUCCACUGCAAGCUCCAGGAGCACGCCGACCCCGGCUGCCAGGACGUCGCCCGGUGGUGUCAAAACGUCUGCACAGAGCGAGGGCUCGUUGAACACGUGCAAGAUCUGCAAGCGUCGCUUCGCCUCUGAUCGAAUCGGCCUACACGAGAAGAUCUGCUCAAAGAGCGCCACGAAGAAGCGCAAAACGUUCGACACGCAGACUCAGCGCAUCAAAGGUACCGAGCUCGAAGAUUAUGCGCCCAAGCUCACGACACAAAGCAGCAAUAAUUCCAAAAAACUGCAGAGCAAGAGCCAACCGCAAGCUCCGCCCAAAGUCGAGUCUCAAAAGUCCAACUGGCGCCGCAAGCACGAGGACUUCAUCAACGCCAUACGCUCGGCCAAGCAGAUGCAGGCACAUCUGGCCGCGGGUGGCAAACUGAGCGAUCUGCCGCCACCCCCGGCGAGCGACACGAGCGAUUACAAGCAGUGUCCGCACUGCUCGCGCAGAUUCAGCCCCGGAGCGGCCGAGAGGCACAUACCCAAGUGCGAAACUAUGCAGCACAACAAGCCGAAAGUUCAACCGCGCACCAGGAGCAAAAUUAUCUAAGCGAUGAUAUUAUACGCGUCACCGCCGCUCGACAUCGUCCUCGCAGACUGAUAUAUCGAUUGUUUUUUUGCGAAUUGUUUUACUUUUACUUACUUUUUUCUUUUCUUUUUUGAGGAAAAAAAAAAUAGAUUCGCGAAUGACUAUAGAGAGCAGCUAAUUAAUAUGAACUUUUAGACGAUAUAUGUAUACUUUUGUGCGAUUAUUGUUGCGUCAUUAACUCGUAAUGCCUAAAUUAUUGCAGUGUCCUUUAUGCGUGAUAACAUUUAACUAGAAAUACAUACUUGUAAACAUGUGUACGAUUAUGUAAGGAUAAUUAUAUAUAACUGCGCCAAUUUAUACGACUCGCGGAAUAAAAACUAAUUUGCUUCA